CUUUGGAACUGUCCACAGGAGUGUGGUGCUGAAGCAAACAAACAGAAAAAGCGCCCGCCUCCCUGCCUAUUGCAGGACAUAUAUUUAUCCUCAACAAAUUAAGUCAAAAUAUAUUUACAUUUUUGGGAGUUGUAUUUAAGUUGAAAACUGUGGAAAUUAUUAAAAUUACAAAAAGUUAUAAAACAGUUUGAGUUGGCUGGAUGUGGGAAAAACCUCAAGAAUAUUUUUUGCUUUGGUUUGACACAGAUGACUGGACAGCAGUGUGCACUCGGGAUUCUGUGUUUAAUUAGCAUAAAAGAUCUGCUGGAGAGCAGCGGAACUGUGCGUCACAGCCACCGGUGAAGGUGGGAGGGGGAAGGGGGAUACCUAUGGGAGUCCACAAACUGCACUGUGUAUUCCUCCCACGAUCUAUACAAAAAAAUUGCCGUGCUGAUGUGAACUGAUGACUUAGCUUGAGGUGUUACAGGUGACUGGAGACAGCCGGGUGCGUCAGGCAGCCAAGAGCGCAGCAGUCGGACCUAAGCGGGGAGCGCGCGCUGGUGUAGCCGCUGCACUGUUAUCUGUGGGCGACUCCCACCCUGUCAGAGCGCUGCCCGGGACUAGCACGUCACCUCAGUGACGGGAUACAAUGAAGCAACCCAGGAGGACAGGGGUGAAACAAGUCCAAGUCACCGGAGUGGAAAAGCGCAUGCGGUGACGGAGAGCGCAUGGGAAAAAGAAGAAGAAGAGGUAAAACAGCGGAAAGUUAUUUAGACAAUUAGAGGUCCUGGCGUUGGAUGAGAAAAUAAGUGCAAGAGAAGCAGAUGAGUGCAUAAUCCUGCAACCAAACUGGUGGACUAAAGUCGCUUUUCAGAAGUCUGCACGUUCGGAAAAGAAAAGGAAAGUUCCAUGGAGCCUGACGGGAAUAGAGAAGAACAAAGUCCUAAUGUGGCUCAGACUGCUGCCUCCAAACUGUCCCAGAUGGGUGAAAGAACUAAAAUACUGGGCAACGUCAUUCAGGAUCCAGAAAGGCAGAAACGAAUAAUUUUGGUCAUAGUCUGUGUAGCACUUUUGUUAGACAAUAUGCUCUACAUGGUUAUUGUGCCAAUCAUACCAGAUUAUCUUGAGGGGCUGCAGAAAGCAGCAGAUAAUGCCCAACAUGCAAUUGUGCGGCACAGCAACUCCACCAACAGCAGCACCCCAAAAGCCCCCACAGGGAACUUCGACCUGCAAAUAGGAGUCCUGUUCGCCUCCAAGGCCAUCGUGCAGCUCCUGGUCAACCCGAUAAGUGGCACCUUUAUAGAUAGGGUAGGGUAUGACAUUCCACUCUUCAUUGGCCUCAAUGUCAUGUUUCUUUCCACACUGACAUUCGCCUUCGCUGAAAACUACGCGACCCUGUUCCUGGCCCGCAGCAUCCAGGGCCUGGGCUCUGCGUUCGCGGACACCUCAGGGAUCGCCCUGAUCGCGGACAGGUACACGGAGGAAACGGAGAGGAGCAAAGCGCUGGGCAUCGCGCUGGCGUUCAUCUCCUUUGGGAGCCUUGUGGCGCCCCCCUAUGGAGGGGUCCUCUAUGAAUUCGCGGGGAAGCGAGUGCCCUUUCUGAUUCUGGCCUGCAUCUGCCUCAUUGACGGGGUGCUGUGCCUGACUGUGCUCAAGCCUUUCUCCAAUCAAGAGCGGGGAAACAUGCCGGUGGGUACCCCCAUUUACAAACUGAUGAUCGAUCCGUACAUAGCUGUGGUGGCCGGGGCUCUCAUCAUCUGUAACAUCCCUCUCGCCUUCCUUGAGCCCACGAUUGCCAACUGGAUGGAGGACACGAUGCAGGCAACCGAGUGGGAGAUUGGCAUGACGUGGUUCCCCGCGUUUUUCCCUCAUGUUUUAGGUGUGUAUCUCACUGUGAAGUUGGCUGCCAAACACCCCCAUCUCCAGUGGUUCUAUGGGGCAAUGGGCAUGGUCUUUAUAGGGGCCAGCUCCUGCACAGUCCCAGCGUGUAAAAACUUCGGCCAGCUCAUGAUCCCGCUGUGCGGCGUCUGCUUUGGCAUCGCCUUAGUGGACACGGCGCUCCUCCCAACGCUGGGCUUCCUCGUGGAUGUAAGGCAUGUGUCCGUCUAUGGUAGCGUUUACGCCAUUGCUGACAUAUCUUACUGCGUGGCCUACGCCCUGGGGCCCGUGGUUGCGGGACAGAUAGUGCACAACCUCGGGUUUGUUCAGCUCAACUUGGGCAUGGGGCUUGCCAACGUGCUUUACGCGCCGGCGCUCCUCCUGCUGAAGAACGUGUCCCAGAUGAAGCCUUCCUUCUCCGAGAGGAACAUGCUCCUGGAGGAUGGCCCCACGGGGCUGUAUGAUACGAUUAAGAUGGAGCAGAGGGAGAAAAAAAGAAAGGGCUUGUGCACAACGCUGGACGAGAACGGCAUUGAGACUUUUGUUCAGCGCUCCUACUCCGAGGAGGAAUCCUCAGGGGGAGAGUACGCGUAAAAUACCUUUAACCAGGUGUAAAAAAUAAAAAAUAAAGUGCCCAUGUAGAUGUGUGUAUCAUUGUCUGAGUCAAUCAACUGUAUAACACGAUUAGGACUGUGUAGUAUUACUUACAAGCCGCUUGUUGUGACAAUCCCAGUGGGUUUCUGUCAAAUCGAGCGGCUGAGGCUUUUGCAGGUAAGAAGCGCGUCUUCAUCAUGCGCAUAAAACUGUGUCACUGUUUAGUAAAUUGAAUAAUGCAGGGAGCGAUGUAUAAAUGUACUUUGGAGUAAAGAGCGUCCGUAAUGGAUGCGUUCUGCAAUGUGAAAUAUUUAUUUUCUGCAGACUUAAAAUAUGCAAAAAUCGUGUGUAAAAACUGUUUUGGGAAGAAAAAAAUGUGGAUUGUGCGCCUUGGUGAUUCAUUUAUUUUUACUUUUUGAAUGUGUAUCUUGAAUGCAAUGCAAAUGAUCUGCAUCUGUAUAGACAUGUAUAUUCAUAAGCAUAAUUAAAUACUUAAUGUGAAAUAACG